CCCCUAAAAUAAAUAAUUGAAAAUAACUCAUCCACUUUGGAUCUUCCUGGACUGUAACCUGCAUGAAAUGGAUUCCUUUCAUUUGAUUUCACUCGGAAGGGCAGGAAAAUCCAGAUCGGAGUUUGGUAGGAGCUGAAGGAGUGGUGUCUGACCUGCCGGCAGGGAGCUGCAGCCUGUAUGUAUGCAUUGGGUGGUGCAUUCUUCUUUGUCAGGCUAGAAUCUGUUCUGUUUCAUUUAACUAGAAGAGGAAAGAAGGAACCAGCAAGGAAAUAAGAACAAGCUGUUAAUGCUUGAGAUGUCCUGAUGCAUGAAAGCCUGGAUUUUUUGGCUUCCUAGAGAAACAGUAGAAAAUGCAAAACCACGAAAUAAUAAAACCUGCUAAAUACUUCUCAGAAGUGGAAAAGAGUGUGCUGCUUGCAUUAGUUGAAAAAUACAAAUAUGUACUUGAGUGUAAAAAAAGCGAUGCAAGAACUAUUGCAUUGAAACAACGUACUUGGCAAGCGCUUGCCCAUGAAUAUAAUUCUCAACCUAGUGUAUCACUACGAGAUUUCAAGCAGUUAAAGAAAUGCUGGGAAAAUAUCAAGGCACGGACAAAAAAGAUAAUGGCACAUGAAAGACGGGAGAAAGUAAAAAGAAGUAUUAGUCCACUUAUAAAUACUCACAUCAUAGGGAAAGAGAAGAUUGCCAGCAUGAUGCCUGAGCAAAUGUACUUUUUACAGAGUCCACCGGAAGAAGAUUCUGAAUAUCAACCUGAUGCUUCUAACCAAGAAUCAUUUGCUGUCUCAAACAGAGAACUGUGUGAUGAAGAGAAAGAGAUAGUACAUUUCCCAAUAUGUGAAGGCACCUCCCAACCUGAGCCCUCAUGUUCAGCUGUCAGAAUAACAGCGAAUAAAAACUACCGAAGUAAAGCCACUCAGGAGGGUGCUUUGAAAAAGAUGCAUGAAGAAGAGCAUCACCAGCAAAUGUCAAUUUUACAACUGCAGCUGAUACAAAUGAAUGAAGUGCAUGUGGCAAAAAUACAACAGAUAGAAAGGGAGUGUGAGAUGGCUGAAGAAGAACACAGGAUAAAAAUGGAAGUGCUAAAUAAAAAGAAAAUGUAUUGGGAGAGAAAACUGCAAACCAUCACAAAAGAAUGGCCUGUAUCAUCCUUUAACAGACCCUUUCCUAAUUCGCCUUAGAAUUUAUGGUGGGCAGAGAAAAUCAGAUUGAGCACAUUGUUACUAAGGUGUAUUGGCAAGAGGGUCUAUUAAAAUUAAUGUAGUGUGACAGAAUGGAUGUUCAGUCAAUAGUGAACAUGUUUGGACUCCUUAAUACCAUCUAGGAAUACAGAUUGGAUGAGUCUAAUAAGGGAAAGUUCUAUAAUUCAUUUGUGGGUGAGCUCUGAAAGUAAAUUGUAUCUUUGAGUUUCAGAUAUGCACAGUAGUACUUGUGAAUUGUGAGCAUAACAUUUGUUCCUCCCUCAACUUCCAACCGCCCUCUUCAAAUAUAGGAAGUUCCCAUAGAGUAGACACACCUGAAAUUUGAGUAUGUUUUAAAAAUUCGGCUUUACAACUUUACACUUUAAAUUAUAUUGCUUCUUUUCUAGCCCUUUCCUCCGUUUCCUGGUUGAAGGCAGGGGUUGGAGUCAUUCUUUGUUCUCACACUGAACACAGCAGAUAUUUGACAGGCAGUAACCCAAUUGCUAUACAGGGACAUAGAGGAAAUCCCCUCCCCGUCUUUCUUUUUUUAUUAUUAUUUUAUUUAUUAUUCCUCUGCAGCAGGUAAGUGAAAAUGAAGGAGCCGGUGAGGAGACAAGAGGAGCAUUCUAGUAGGUAAUUUGCAGGGAAAGGAAAUCAAAACCUCCAACCAGCUGGCUGAUCGAAACGAUGGUUGGGCACUGGCUUGCUAGCUACUAGGGCCAUAACUGUUGGAAAGAGGGAAAGAAGAGGAUAUUUUCCCAGAAGCAGCUACUUUUGGCUGCCCUCUCUCAGUCCUAUCCUGUCACCCAGAUAUAUAUUCAGGAACUAGAAGUAUGUGAGGGAAGCAUGCUACUGCAGCUGCUAGAAAAAGAAGCCAGCGUCUUAACUGCACUGUACACCUGACAUCAUUCUAUGGAUAAGUUUUUCCACUGCUUCGUGUAACUCUUAAGAAGCAGCGGGCUGGCUAUCUCGCCAACAAGUAAUUCCUGCCAGCAGCCAGCUAAUGGAUUUGGAUCUUGCUCCUAAUUAGAAGUAACGUCUGUUGUGGAUCCUGCUCUUUUCUCAUCAACCCAACAUACUUAUAGAGGUAAAGGCAGAUUUUCACUUAGUGCAGUGCCCUAUACCUGUGAAUUCUGUCUGCUUGGCUGUGUCCCAUACAUCAGCCCAGAGCCACCCCUGCCUCUGCUAUCAACCAGGGAUUCCUGUUGUCUUUAUUUACUUAUAUGUAUCAGAAUAGCACCUAGAGGCCUGAACAGAAAUUGGUGCCCUCUUGUGCUAGGUGCUACACAUACACAUAACAAAAGAUUGCCCCCGCCCUGAAGAUCUUAGUCUAAAGAAGACAAGGGCUGGGAAAUGAGCAAUACGAAACCAAGGGUAAAGUAUUAAAGUGCACACUUUAGCACAGAUUUAGAGGUUUAUUCUAAAGGAUCUUCCUCUAUCUGAAAAGGUGUUUGGGGGGGAGGGAGGAGAGGCAUUUUAAAUAAGUGACAAAGAAUGAGCAGAAAACCCUUUAUUUUUUAUUCAGUUAUAAAAUUGAGAGUUCCAUUAUUUUAAAUGUAUUUUCCCCACAGAUAAUUGGAAAGGAAAACCAUACAUUAGCAAUAUUUUUCAAAUGAAAACAAAUUUUAAAAGGUGCCAUCCUCCCUCUUCUCUGGAUUGCCUUCCUGCUGCAAGCUUUCGUACUUAUUUUUCUCUUGGUCACUUUUCCCUGCUGCUGAUGCAUACUUGUAGGCUGUGCUCCUGUCAGUCAUAAUAUGCUGUCUGCACCUUAGUGGUGAAAGUGAAGAGAGUGGUGCUGUUUCAGUGCUGCUCCUCCUGAAUGAUUGACAAAAUCAGUUCUGGCAGACAUGCAGGAGGUACAAACAUAAGUCUGGUGUGAAAUCUAAAGGGGGCAAUUCUAUUGGGGAGCAAAAUCCCAUUCUUAGUGUGGAUAGACUCCCUCUUCUGGCAAAUUGGUUGUAGGAAGGAGAAGACAGUGGGGCCAGAGGGUACUAAUUCUGUUGGCCUAAAAGGAACAAAAUGUUGGAGUGUGGGGCAAUAAUCUAUGACUCAGGGUAGGGGGAAUUAAAGAGGAGAAUUGGGAUUGCAGAGGGCAAUGAUCUGUGGUUUAGGGGGUGAGAAUGCUUUGAGUGGAGAUGGUGAUGGCCCAUUCACCCAUGAUAAAAGGUGGGAUGGAGGAGAAUAUAUAUUAGUGUCACACUGACAAGGCCCUUCCCAUACUGCUACUGGCUGAAAACCACUCAACUACACAGCAUAAAAAUGGUAUCAGAAGGUAAGGAAAAGAGACAUCUUGAAAGUUGGGGAGGGAGCAGGAGUGAAAAGAGAAUGUGGAUUUGAAUGGGGUAGGCCUAGAAGACAAUACAGCAUGCUCCAAGGAGAUUGUGAUAUCAGUUCAUUUUUGACUCUUUAUGGUGAUAGCACUGUUUAUGAGAUACAUUUUUAUUUUUAUAUUCCAAAUAAAUUCAUUUAAAUUAUGCGUA